GACAAGUAAGCAUUGAAGAAACAAGCUCAAGCAAAGCAAAUAAAAUUUUUAGAAAGUGCAAGUUUAAUUUAUUUAUUCGCUUAAAGAUUUUUAAAUACAAAAAUAGGUUUUAAACUAAUUAAAAGUAUAUAUAAAUUAUUGGAAGAAUAUGUCUUCCAUGUCAAAGACAGCACAACCUCCCGGUCCCGGUGCUGUUGCAGUUCCUAGUGGCUCUGCCGCCGCCGCUUCAUCUGCUCCCAAUAUCGCACAACCCUCCAAUGUUCAAGAAUUCAAUAUACGUGUGCCGAAAAAUCUCCGCAAAAAACACCAUGUAAUGCGCUUCAAUGCAACGUUGAACGUGGAUUUUGCCCAAUGGCGAAUGGUGAAGCUGGAACGUGAAAAUAAUAUGAAAGAAUUCAAAGGAUUCGAUGAAGAUAUGCCUAAGUUUGGCGCUGGUUCCGAAUACAACAGAGACUUGCGAGAGGAAGUCCGCCGAAAGAAGUUUGGAAUAAUUGCCAAGAAAUAUCGUCCAGAUGCUCAACCUUGGAUUCUAAAGGUCGGCGGCAAGAGUGGCAAGAAAUUCAAGGGCAUUCGUGAGGGUGGUGUCAGCGAGAAUGCAGCAUUCUACGUCUUCACUCAUGCUCCCGAUGGAGCAAUCGAAGCGUAUCCAUUGAAUGAAUGGUACAAUUUCCAGCCAAUUCAAAGAUAUAAAUCUCUCUCGGCUGAAGAAGCCGAGCACGAGUUUGGAAGACGAAAAAAAGUGAUGAAUUACUUUUCCCUUAUGUUGCGAAAACGUUUGAAAGGCGACGAAGAGGACCCAGAACAAGAUCCGGAGGAAGUUAAAGUAAAGGGGGGAUCGAAGAAAGCGAAAGAGCUUAAAAUCAGUGACAUGGACGAAUGGAUCGAUUCGGAAGAUGAAUCUGAUUCGGAGGAAGAAGAAAAAGAGAAAAAGGAGGAAGACAGCGAUGACGAUGCCAAGAAGAAGAAGAACAAGAAAGGUCAGCCGGAAAAAAAGAAGAAAAAAGAAUUAGACGAUGAAGCUUUCGAGGAGUCCGAUGACGGAGACGAAGAGGGCCGUGAAAUGGAUUAUGAUACCGAAUCCAGCGAAGACGAGCCGGAUCCAGAAUCCAAGUUGGACAAGGACAUGAAAUCGGUAGCGGAAGAAGAUGCACUUCGAAAGCUGCUGAAUUCGGACGAAGAAGACGAGGAAGAAAAGAAAUCGGAUGAAUCAGAUAAGGAUGAAGAGAAGAAGAAACAAAAAGACAAAGAGGAAAGCCCGAAAGAUAAGAAGAAAACAAAGAAACAAAACAAAGAUGAAAAGAAAGAUUCUUCAAGUGACUUCAGCUCAGACAGUAGUGAUUCAGAGAACGAGGACAAAAAGAAGAAACCCAAUCCGAAUAAUUCUUCUAAGAAUCCAUCUCGUGCCGGAACUCCCACGGGCAUGUCAACAGACAUCAAUAAGCGCAAAGGCAACAGCAUGCCAUCAGAUUUGACUGGAUCCGAAAACAGCAAUAGUCCUCUUAGUACUCCAGCUAAAAGGAUGAAAGUCGAAUCGGCUCCCGCCUUGCCGUCUACUUUUGCAGGAGUUGUAAACUCCAACAGCAAAGAUGACUAUGGCAUCACGGAAGACGCUGUUCGUCGAUACUUGGUUCGAAAGCCAAUGACUGCAACUGAACUUCUUACUAAAUUCAAGAACAAAAAGACUGGAGUCUCGAGUGAACGUCUGGUCGAGACUAUGACUCAGAUAUUGAAAAAAAUCAAUCCCGUUAAACAAACAAUUCAAGGAAAAAUGUAUCUUAGUAUUAAAACUAAAUAAAAGUUGUUUUAGUUGGCAUUGUUUUUUAUAUACAUAAACAUAAUAAAUUCUAUUUAACUGUAAACACA